AUGGCAAUGUUCAAAAAGAAGAAGGACGAAGACAGGAAGCCUAUCGAGCAGGAGAUCGCUGAGCUCCAGCGGAAAUUCCGCGUCCUUGAGAACGACAAGAGAGCCUGCAGUGAAGACUCUCAAGGCACCAUUCGAAAACAGCGUGCCACCAUUGAGAAACUUACGCGUGAAAAUCGCAAAAUGAAGGCAGAGCUCAACGAAACUCGUUCCAGCAACGGCACUCAGGCAGAGGCCAAAAUGCAGCAGGAGACCAUCAACAGGCUGAUGGCCGACAAAGAGCAGCUCACUGCAAAGACAGAUGGCGAGGAAACUGAGGCAAAGAAGCUCCAGGACAAGCUCGACUCAACCCAGAGACGGAUUUUCGAGCUUCGAGAGGAGAUGGCCAAGAGCGGCGGUGUAAAUGCAGCACUCGACAACUCAAAGGCCAUUUCGAAGCAAAUCCGGAUCCUAGAGAAUAGACUGGACAAGGGCUUGCAGAAGUUCAAUGAAGCCAUUGCCGCCAAUCGCACGUUGCGCGAGCAGAUUGACACACUUCGAAGGGAACGUGUAGUCUUCGAUGACAUCUACCGAAAGUUAGAGAACGAGUUGCAACAGAAAAAGAAGGAAAUGGCAAACAUCAUUGAGCAGGCAAACGCCGCCUAUGAAGCUCGAGACUCCGCCCAAGCGCAGAUGGCAUCCCUGAAGCAACAGGCAGACAAGGAGCACGCCGAGUUCGAGAAGGAGUGGCGGGAGCUAGGUCGCCUCAUCGAGAACGAUAAGCGAAUGAAAGAGUUUAUGCGCACGAAGGUGCGUGGGAAUCAAGAGGGUGAGAGCAAGGAUGAGGACAAGCACAAGAAGAAGAUCACGAAGCACACCUGGGACACUACAAAGUCCCUGGUCACGAUGACCUCCAAUCAGGAUAAGGUUGCCAGUUACGAGGAAGCUUUCGCACGCAUCCAGGCGGCUACUGGAAUCUGUGACAUUGACCAGCUGGUUCAGAACUUCAUCGAUGCAGAGGACACGAAUUUUUCCCUCUUCAAGUACAACAACGAGCUCAGCGCGGAGAUCGAGAAGCUCGAACAGCAGAUCGCCGAGUACAAGGAAGAGUACAUUACUCUCAGUGGCCAGAGCAGCCGCAAGGAAGACACUGAGAAGGACGCGUGCAGGAGGAGCUGCUUCCCAUCCUGUUUCGUAAUUGACCAUUCGGCCAAGCGAGAGGACCGCCUAGUUAUUGACACGAAGGGUGGCGAGGUGCUGUGGGCCGUGUUCGAUGGACACCGCUAUCCCGAGGUUGCCGGUCACGCUUCUCGCGUUUUGCCCCAGCUCGUCUGGGCUCAGCCAACUUGGCCCUCCAAGCCAGAACUGGCCCUUUCUCACGCCCUGCAGCAGUGCAAUGAACUGGCCAGGCAGGAGAAGCUCUGUGGAGGAAGCACAGCAGUGGUUGUUGCCACCUGUAGUGGAGCAUUGUGGUGCGCAUGUGCUGGAGAUUCCCGUGCAGUUGUGGGCCUCAAGAAGGGUGGAAACCAACGUCUGAGCACGGAUCACACGUGCUCCCUGCCGGGAGAGGUGGAGCGGGUGAAGAUGUGCGGGGGAAGUAUCGCACUGGGACGUUUGGGCGGAGUUUUACCCAUGACGAGGGGGCUGGGCAAUUUCGACUUGGAGGCUGAAGGCUUCGCCUGCCUGCCCCAGAUCAGCUCUGUGGCACUUUCAGAGGUUGAGUUUGUGGUCGUGGCUUCGGAUGGCCUCUGGGAUGUGCUCUCUGACGCAGAAUGUUGCGGUCUAGUGCGGAGCUUCACUUCGACCAACGUCGCUGCCGAGCUGGCUUCUGUUGCUCGAAGGCGUGGCAGCAAUGAUGAUAUUGCUGUCGUCGUUGGCUGCAUACAAAACGAAACACGACUUUCAGCUGCCGGAGCAUGA